AUGACUGUUCCGGCAACGGUGUCAACGAUGUCAAUCAGACAAACCGGUGAAUUCAUAAAACAUCAACAACUAGGCAAACAGGGCUCGGAACCGGUCAACUUUCCACCGCGCUAUCAUCCACCACCUGCCGCUGCGAGCUCCAAAUUACCCACUACGGACGCGACCGCUAAGGAAUUCAAACCUAAUACUAAAACUAUAGAUCCAAAUAAGUUUCAAUAUCCAGUGGGAGUGCCCAAUACGACUCCGGGUUUAUACCCGCCCGGUGCCUAUCCUCACCUCAAGUAUUUCCACGGCCCGGGAUAUCCAUUACCUCCCGCGGCUUUACGGAUGAUACGACCGAGUGGUGAGAUCGUCACCAAAGCUAUAGUACACGAACCUGUCGAAGCAACGGCGAGGGCGAGGAGUGCCGACGAUACACAACGUGCUCAUCGAAAUUUAGAAGAGGAACAGAUACACAGACGAUCCGCUGACAUGCUCAAGUUCACGAAACGUAUCGAAUCUGAUGCUACUCGUCAAUCGACCGAUCAGAGGCGGCAAAUUCAAACACUUUUAGACGAAAUAAAAGCAUUGAAAGAGGCUAAUCGGCGAUUAAGCGAAGAUAAUCAAGAGCUCCGUGACCUGUGCUGCUUUUUAGAUGACGAUCGUCAAAAAGGUCGUAAACUAGCGCGCGAGUGGCAACGAUUUGGAAGAUACACGGCUUCCGUGAUGAGACAAGAAGUGUCGGCCUACCAAAACAAACUGCGUGAGUUGGAUGAUAAGCAACAAGAACUCAUACGAGAUAAUUUAGAAUUAAAAGAACUAUGCCUGUACUUAGAUGAAGAACGCGAGCGUAUGUCGUGCGUGAAUUGUGGAAGGACAGCGACCAGAGAGAGGGACGACGGCGAUGGAAGCAGCAGUGGAACAAACGCUGAAGAAGUAACACGACCACAGACCGCUUCUAUAUCAAUAACACAUCCACAACUUGCUGAACGUACUGUUCAAUACGUGAGAGACUUGGAACAAAAAGUAAGACGAUUAGAAGCAGAGAAAGGUAUGGGAAAUGGACUGAAUGAAAGGCCAGAAGCGGUGGUACGAGCAUUACAAGUGUUGGAAGUAAGAGAAAGAGUUGAGAGAGAAAGAAGAAGACCAGCUCCUGACUUAGAUUGUGGCGAACAAGCGCUAGUGAGGGAAAUGUGUAACGUUGUUUGGGGAAAAUUAGAGGACGCACCACCGCAGGCACCGCCGCGUUGA